UACACACAUGCUGUGUUCCCUCCCUACACGAUCCUCUGAUGGAUACAUAGCUUCUCUUUCAGCUCACUCACAACCAAAAAUGAAGCUCUCCUCCUCUCUUCUUCUCCGAUUCACGAUACUGCUGCUCUUCUGCUUCGCUUUAUCCAUUGCCGGCAAUGUGACCUUCGACAGUCGCUCGCUCAUCAUUAAUGGCCAGCGGAAGCUCCUCAUCUCCGCCUCCAUUCACUACCCGCGCAGCGUUCCCGCGAUGUGGCCGGGCUUGGUUCAAACAGCGAAGGAUGGAGGGGUUGAUGUGAUCGAAACAUAUGUAUUUUGGAAUGGUCAUGAACUUUCUCCGGACAAUUAUUAUUUUGGGGGGCGAUAUGAUCUGGUCAAGUUUGUGAAGAUUGUUCAGAAGGCGGGGUUGUAUUUGAUUCUUCGAAUUGGUCCAUUUGUUGCGGCAGAAUGGAAUUUUGGUGGUGUACCUGUUUGGUUGCACUAUGUGCCCGGAACUGUAUUUCGAACCGACAAUGAGCCUUUUAAGCAUUACAUGCAGAAGUUUACAACAUUCAUAGUGAACCUAAUGAAACAAGAGAAGUUUUUUGCAUCACAAGGAGGUCCCAUCAUUUUGGCCCAGCUCUUCCAUCAAUAUUUAGUUGCAAUAUGGAAAGUUAAGGGCCUUGUGGCUCUUGAGCCUUAG